GUUGUUAUGUGCACGACUGACUUUUUGUUUGACACCUACAUCAUCAUCAUCAUCUCCUGCUCCUCCCCAUCCACAAGCGUGUGAUAUCGUUUCACCUGCUCAACAAGCUCAAGCUCACAAACCUCAAACAGGCACUUACUCCCAGACUGCUCUCUCAAACAGCCGCAACGGAUCCUGCCUUGGCCUGACCUGACUCGAAAGACCAAACUUCCCGCAUCCUUCCACCAAAAGCAACAAAUCCAUUAUUACACUUUUUUCUUGAACAAUUUUUUUUUUGGAGAAAAUGCCUACUACGGAGAUCUUCCAGUGCCAGCUCAAGGCGGGCUCGAAUAUUGGAGAUGCGCAGAAUGAGGCUGCAAAAGUUGUAAAGGCUAUUGGGGAUAAGUUGAAGGUGACGCCUGGUGUGCAACAGAUUCAGUUUGGAAUGCAGAUUGAGAAACCCGAUUUUUUUCAGUUGUUCGUGACAUGGGACAACAUCACAGCCCACCAAACCUUUAUGAAAACGGAAGAAUACCAACCUUUUCUCGCGCACGUCCUCUCCGUCGUCUCCGGACCCGCAGGCAUGCUCCACGUCGACUUUGAGCCCUCGGACACAUUCACCAAAGCUACUGCAUCUGCCCCUGUGACGGAAGUUGCGACUUUUUACUUUGACCCUUCUUCUACUGCUACGACCCCGGAAGCGAAUGUGUUGAAAUUUAGGGAUAUUGUGAAUGCUGCGGGGAAGGAAAUUGAUGGGUUUUGGGGUGCUGCGGCGGGAGUUUCGCAUGAGAGUGAUGUCAAAUCACUUAGUACGGAGGGUGUGAGUGGUACUGCUGUGGUUUUGGUGUUGGGGUGGGAGAGUGUGGAGAAGCAUAUGGCUUUUCGGGAAACGAGCAUCUUCAAAGACAAUGUCCAUUUGUUCGCAGAUGGCGUCAAGGAAUUGGAGGUGCACCAUGUCCCGUUUCUGGAGUUUGUGCAGUGAGGUAAGAUAAGAUACCUAGGUCAGGUACCUCAGUGUGCAUCCAAUAGAUACAUACAUACCUUACAUAGAAACAUGUAAACCCCAACCCCGGAUCAUCGGGCUCUGC